AUGCCCAACCAAGUGACUAGGGAAACCAGACAAGCCUCCAAAAUUAACCAGAUUGAUGACUCAUUAACGCAAGUGAAAGGUCAAAACAUUAUAAAGAUCAAUAUCCCAGAUCUUGAAAAAGUUGAUAAACACAUACGUGAGGCCAUACAUAAUAAUUAUAAUGCUCAAAUAAUCGAUGGUGACAUAUUUAUUAAGUAUGACGGAGGAAAUAAAGAAGGAAUUCAAUUCGAACUUGCAAUUUCGGCUAGGGCACAUAAUCCGAUUUGGUGGGUAACGCUUAAUACGGUAUGCGUUGCUGGAGGUAAUGAUUAUCGACCAGAUGUUGGGAUAUGGUUUCAAGCGCCAACGUUUGCACAACGGCAAAAUCCAAUCGCAAAUUCUUGUCCGCCGCCGAAUGUAUACAUAGAGGUGUUUUAUAACAAAGAUCCGGAUAGAGCAAAUGCAUUAACUAGAAUUGCUCGGGUUCAACAAAGUAAUCCUACGAUUGAAUUCGUUGGAUUCGCGCUUCUUGAACUAGUUCGUCCCUACCACCAGAAUCCUAAUCCCGGGGUAGCCUCAAUUCCUGCAACUCCAGUUAAUAACCAAAAUCAAAGACCUAAUCGGGCUCCAUACCUUAUACACUGGAAUGCUAACAACAUUCCGGUUUAUUAUAGAAUAGACUGGAAUGAGCAUUUGAUCCUUAGGUGUGGAUGGACGCUCCAAAUGAAUAUUGUGCUUAGUAUACUCUCUAGGCCUUAA